GAGGAGAAGCUGAGCACAGCCCGUACUAGGACAUGGCAGUACGUAGUAGUUAGGGCGGGCGCGUCACGACUCACGCGUGAGAAGAGAACCCUAUGUUACAGUAGCAGUAGUAGCUGUAGCGAGAGCAUGGAAGGCGGCGGCGACUUCACCUUCGCCGUGGCCGCGUCUCUGGCAGGCGCCGGCGGCCGACGCGUAGGCGCCGGUCUGCUGUACCCGGUCUUCGGCCAGCCGCGGUCACCGCCGCGCCAGCGGGCUCUGGAGACGGAGACGACGACGGCCACCGCGCGCGUGCCGCUCAGGGAGCUUCUGCUCGUGGACGCGUUACGAGCAGGAGCGGAGCAGCAGCCGGACGGCGGGGACAAGCGGCCGGUAAAGACGUGCUACUGUUCGUGCUGCCCCGGUUCACCGUCGACAGCGUCGUCCCCGGCGCGCUGCCGGAAGAGCGGCUCCACGGGGUCUGUCCUCCGGUGGAGCCAACGGCUCCUCGGUCGGAGCCACAGCGGCGGCAAGGAGAAUUUCGUCUUCCUGGACGCCAGCCCUUCCAACUCCAGCUCCAAGCGCAAGGGGGUCAGGAGCGGCGGCGUCGGCGGCCACGCGCACGUCUGGAGCUCUUACGCGCACAAGGGCGGUGGCAAUGACGGCCGCCGGAGGUCGUUCCUCCCGUACAGACAAGACCUCGUCGGGCUCUUCGCGAGCGCCACCGCGUUCCGGCGGACCUACCAUCCGUUCUGACGACGUAGCGGAUCCGUAGAGCAUUUGGUCUGCAUGCAUCCUACUGUUUGAGUUUGUACUCUGCUUGUUUGCUUGUUGUACUAUUUUAUCAUCAGUUUGUAUUAUUGGUGACCGGAGCGUGUAAAGUCAAUUUCAUAUGUUCCUUUC